UUUCAGAGAUCACCCAGGCCCAUAGGGAUAAUAUUUGAUGCACCAUUACUACAGUGGCAUAUCUUCCACCGAUGUCUACAUCUGUUGCAGAUUCUGACAUGGGAAAAUGCCCUUGAGAUCCAGAAAGGCAGGAGAGGCAGGGAUAUUGCAGAAGAGACAGUGUUCAACCUAAGAUCACAACCCCAAAUAGAAAAAAAUGUCCUGCAGCCACCACAAUCUGAAAUAAAAGUCAAAAUGUGGGAAAUAAAGCCUCCUGAUUUUAGUUAAAAACUGUAUACAUCUUUGAGACUUCCAGAAAAACCAUCAAGGACCAUUAAGGAAGGAGAAAGGAGAAUAAAAAGCAGUUUCCCAGGAACAGUGAUUGACCUGCCCAGCUUAAGGAAUCAUCCCAAGAAGGCCGUAUCUCCUAAAUUUAUAACUACAUUUCCACAGCUGGAUUCACGUAAGGUGAAGUUCAUGUUUGUGGAGAGUGGAAAAUAUCCAAAUGGUGUAUACCUCAGUCCAAAACCACAUGACUUUCGACAGUACCAAUGUAAUCUGCCAAAUUUCUAGACAACUUAUGAAAAGGACCCUUUUGGAUUAAAAUUCAAGUCAUGACACUUAAGUACAGUACAUGGGUGUCCGUUGCUGAAAUAUGGCCAACAGAAGAACAGUGCAGAGAUUUAUCACCUACAAGCCUCAUGAAAACUGUGGGAUUCAAAGCUAAUUUUACCCAAAGCGCUGUGGCCAGUUAAAUCUACUUCAUAUACGAGACACAGAAGUGCCUUUAUCGACCAUGUGGAAGAAAAGUUUACUAAGACGUGCAAGAACAGUGGGCAAAAAUUCUAA